UUUACAGUAAGCAAUUUAACUGCGAGCCCAAGUCCUACAGAAUCACCACAGAUUUCAAGUCGUAAUGCUUCAGGCUUAUUAAAACUAAUCCAAAAUGUUGAGGGUUCUUCCAGCAGCAGUGAGAGUAUUGUGGGAGAGUUAAACAUCCCUGAUGAUUAUAUUAUAGUUGAAGCCAAGCCAAAGUCAUCUUUGGAUGUGACCUUUGAAAGGAUAUUUGGUGAUAUAACAAAAUCUUCUGCUUUGAAACAAGUGUGUGUUGGUGGUGCAACAGGAUGGGUAACAGGUUAUAUGGCUGCUAAGGUUGGCAAGAUUGCUGCAAUAAGUAUUGCUGGUUCCUUAGUGAUUAUCCAGGUUGCACAGUAUAAUGGCCUCCUAACAGUCAACUGGACUAAAGUGCAGCAUGCCUUGACUAAAGCCAGAGCUAUGGCUAGACAAAAGAUGCUACAACAUCAGACCGGUGUUACUCAAAAGGUCAAAAUAUUUUAUGAAGAGAAUUUCUUUCUGGCCCUGGGUUUCACCGCAGGCUUUCUCUUGGGAAUUGUACUGUGAUCAUCUGGUAUUAUUCUUGAAUAAAAAAAUUUAAACUUAA